AUGGACGUGGCCUUCGCGGGCAGGCUUCGGCCGUGCCUUGCUAUAGUGGCUUACGUGGCUUACGUGGCUUGGCUUGGCUUGGCUUGGCUUAAGUUAGUUCACAUCUACACUGAUGAUGCCAAUGGAUGUCUCAACAAUGGCGACAUCGCCGCGGCCGCUGUCCCUAGAUGGAGCCGCUUCCGCAGUACUUCCCGCCGCAACCCGAGCAUCGCCUGCAGUACACAGAGCGGCAGCUACAGCCACCGGGUUUGCAAGGACGCCGAAGUGCUGCCGCUGCUCCUGCUGCUGCUCCUGCCGCUACUGCUGAUGGCUACGCCGCACUCGGAGCCCCUACCACCGCAAGACCACGCGGCGGUUCAUGACAUGGAAGCGGCUGUGGUUGUGAUGAGGAGAGUGGUCUGCACCUGCUCCAGCUGCGGGGUUUCUCUGGAGGUGGAGAUACCCUCAAAGCCACCCGCUGGCCUGCCACUCAGGUUUAAAUGCGGCCGCUGCAAGCGGCACAUUGUCCUGCAGCAAAACAUUAAUAAUAUCAACGGCCCCCAACCUGCGGGUCCCCCGAGCAACGUCAUCCCUGCAGCAGCGGCAGCUGCCAAGCACGCAUCCCAAGAUGGAAUGCCGCCGCCGCCGCCAAGGCUCCAGCUGCCGGCGCGACAACAGCCGCCGUCGCAGCAGCUACAGCAGCAGCAAGAGCUGCUGGUCAGCCCAUUCUCCCACCGGGUCGUACAGCAGUACGGCAGCACCGUGGCGGCUGAAGCGUAUGGCAGCGGCGCCCCUCCUGUGUCAGAUCCUGAUCACAUAGACCUGGAUCUGGAUUUGGAUUUGGAUCUGGAUCUAAGUAUGAACCUGAACCUGAACAUGAAUCCGGAUAUGGAGCAAUAUCAUCCGAUGCAGAUAUCAGCGGGCACGCCGACCAUCAUGGAAGCUCAACCCGAAGCUUCUAGUGAGAUUCCGCCACUGCAGCCACUGCAGCUCGCGUCAGCUUUCCUGGAGCCGGAAGAAGCCCGACGGCGUGUGUUGUUGUUACAACAGGCGCCAGGCCAAGAGCAGCCACGUGAUAACCGCGGGCCGCCGAGGCAGUGGAGCAGCAUGAUUGAGGCCCUUGGGGCCCAGGGCGGUCGCGGCGGAGUGGCGUUGGUUAACGCACGGGCCGCCGCUGGCGGCAGCAGCGGCGGCGGCGGCGCACAAGUCAGUACAUCGGCACCCGGGGCCGUGGCGGUGACAUCUCCGGCUGCCGCCGGUACUGCAAUCGCUGCUGCCGCCUCCGAAACCGCGACUCAUCCCGUUCCGGCGGCGGAUAUUUGCAACUGUUGCUCGCCGCCGGAAUCGAACCCCGUCGCAGACAGCACGCUGGAUGAAGUGCUCUGUAAUCUUCUCAGUGAUGCGGAUAUCCGAGAUCACAUUGCCGGCAGCGGCGGUAGCGGCGGCCGCUGGGUUGGAAGCUGCGGCAGAAACUUCGCGCCCGUUGCAGGCCCCGCCGAAGCUAAUCCAUCUGGCCACUUUGAUUUGGAGGAAGGUCAAGGCCGCGCCGCCGGGACCACAGGAGCGGUUCUUCUCCCGCCGGCGGCAGCCGCCCUGCAACCGCCGUCGCCACGGCCAGUCCCUUCGGGCCCCAUCGCUCUAAGCCCGUCUACCGCAUACGGCCUGGCGUCGUUGUUCGACGACCUGGACGACAGCUUUCCACAGGGCGCCUGUGCCGGACGGGCCGAUCAGGAUAAUCCUGUCGAUGAUGCUGUCGUACAUGCUGACGGCGGCAUGUCGUAUUUCGUACAGGAUGUGGAUGUACGUAGGGGAGCUGCUGCGGCGGGAGGUGAGAUGACGGUGAAGAGCCCACGGGAUCACAGCCUGGAUCUCCGUGGGAACGUCGUACAUCAUCCGCUGCCGCCGCCAGCAGUAAACAUGGUGAUGCUGAUGGAGGCAGACCUGCACCAGCCGUCCCGGCGCAACCCGACAGACACAUCCGGGUUGUGGGAGCGCCAGCAAAGCACGUCUCCCUACCCCAAGCAUCAGCAGCAUCAGCCGUACAUGCCGCCGCGAUACCCGUACGAUUCGCUGCAGGCACCUGUGCAGCGGCAGAUUAACCCUAAGCAUCUACCCCCACGAAUGGCGGAUCCGGAUCCGGAUCAGGGCGACAGGAAGAUGCUGGAUUCCAGGCUGCUGCCGAAUCCAAUGCCGCCUUCAGCGGCAGAGGCACCGUUGCAGACGCAGCAAAAGCCCAGAGGCGUUUUCCUUCCGCCGCCAAGGCCUCAACGCCGGUCUUCGGGCGCAACAGGGCGGCCAGCACACACUGCAACCGGCAACGGCCCACCUUCCAGCGGCGGCGGCCCCGGCAGCAGCGGCGGCGGCGGCGGUACGGAUCGCGGCGCAACGGGUCCAACGAUCUUGUAUAACCUCGCGCAGGUCAUAAACCUGAUCAAAAGCCUUCCCCGGAGCGGCCCAAACUAUCAAGCUGCUAAUAGCCGCUCGCCGUUAUGUAGGGGACCAGCUGACGUGACCGCCGCCGCCGGCGCGGCCGCCAGCGGCGGCGGCGGCGGCGCCGCCGCCGGCGCUGACAGCAUUGCCGGGCCCCGUGCCGCACCCGAAAAUAAUAACGCCCAGAGCGGCGACGCCGACGCCGACGCCGACGGCUCCGGCUCAGAGGACGCUGAGCCUCCCAUUACCUUCAACGCUGUGGGCCCGGUAGGCAGGUGGGCAUUGCGGUUUGCCAUGGAACAGCGUCAGGUGCAGAAGCGGAAGCGUAAGGCGAAGCGCCAACGACACCAUUUGUUGCAGCCGCAAGCACAGGAUGCGGAGACGCAUCAGGACACGCAUCAGCAUCCUGAACAGCAACGUGAGCAGUGCGAUCAGUACGAUCAGUACGAGCAGUACAAGCAGUACAAGCAGUACGAGCAGUACGAGCACUAUCCCAAUGAACCAGUAGAGGUACCGUUUAUGGACCAGCAGGUACGGCAGCCGCCGCCGCCGCCGCCGCCACAGCAGCAGCAGCAGCAGCAAGUCCCAGGGCACACGCCAGUGGUGCCCAUGUCACCUCCGCUAUCAGGCUACCAGGUCAAACCACCUAGCAACGAGCCGUUAGGCGCCUUACGCUCUUCUGCCGUAGCUCACGUCUCCAGCGCACCAUGGGUCGAGGAGGUAUCCGCCGCCAAGGCUGUCGAACUAUCCCUCAACGGAAGGCCCCCCUCAAUCCUCGCACACCGGCGGGGUCCGGACCUAGAGCCCUGGCUACCUGAUGCUGUACUGAACUCGAGGCGAAGUCCUGCCUUGCCGGAUGAUCAGCUGGUGCGACAGUUCACCAACCACGACCCAGGUCAUGUCAAGGUCUCAAAGAUGACUGAGCAGCAGGAUGAUAGUGAUGAUGCACAGCACGGGGCAAAUGCAGAGAUGGAUCUGGAGCUGCUGGGAGACUGGAUCUUCGAUUUGGAUCUGGAAAAAGGGCCAGCGCCAGCGCCAGCGCCGACACCGACGCCGACGCUGAUGCUGACGCCAAUGCCGGCGCUGACGCUGACAAUGACGCCGGGGGAUCGAAUUCACGACGUACCGGGCGGGCCGGAUUGGGCCUCGGGCUUCGCCGGAAGCGGCUAUGGCGGCGGCCAAAACGGGUUGUCCCCCGUCUGGACAACUUCAGGGGUGCGCAGAACGCAGCCCCCAGCGGAUGCGGUGAUGCAUUGGCCGCACAUGGGGGCUGAGGCGAUCGGCCAGCUCGGAUAUCACGGCGCCGCUGCGGCGGCGUCAGCCGCCGCCGCCGCUGCUGGGCUUGGCGGCACUCGCGGAUUCGGGCCUGGGUCUUGCCGCCGUGCCAGUGGCAGCAUGGCCGCCGUCAGCUGGGCAAGGCGCCUCUGUGUUUCAUGGCGUUGCGCAGGCCCUCGUUAG